AUGUCAUUUAGACCACCACGUUCGUUACCUAUUCUUACAUUAUUCCAUAAUGUCAAAUCAGAUAAUUCUAGAGCAGCUCUAAGGCUACUGCAGAGUCGACAAAAGAAUGCAGAUGGAGAAGAAAAGUAUCGUAUCGAUGUCAUGGAUGAAUACAAACAACCCAUAACAGACACACAAUUAAGGCAAGUAGCAAGCUAUUUGGAAAGCAAGACGCCAUGGAAGGAUAUGCUGUUGCCUGAAGCAAGUCAAAUCAUUGAUAAUGCACAAGAUGCGUUCAAAAUAAUCAAGGAUAAACCAGAAGUGCUUCGAUGUCCUAUUGUAGUUGACUGGGAAAGAGGAAGAGCAGCAAGUGGAAUCAAAGGAUUAGAGGAUAUUGAAAAAUUGAUUAAUGAAAGAAAAUAG